CCGCCUCGGCCUCCCCGGCGCGCCGGGCGCGCUCAACACGCCGGUGCCCAUGAACCUGUUCGCCACCUGGGAGGUGGACGGCUCCAGCCCUAGCUGUGUGCCCAGGCAGUACCAUCCAUCUGUCCAGAAGGCCGCAGAACCUGGAGUUGUGUUCAGCAAGCUGCCCCUUGGCUUGUCUGUGUUAUUUCUGUGCCACUCAUUCCCAAAGAGUGUGUGCUGGUGGUAUGCAGGACCAGGGCGGCCUCUCCCUCUGAGGUUGUGCAGUCUAACCCUGAAGAAGCUGGCUGUUCUCAGAGAGCUGGAGAAGGAGCUGAUGUCCGUGGUGAUUGCAGUCAAGAUGCAGGGCUCCAAAAGGGUCCUGCGGUCUCAUGAGAUUGUGCUGCCCCCCAGUGGACAAGUGGAGACCGACCUGGCCCUGACCUUCUCUCUUCAGUACCCUCACUUCUUGAAGAGAGAAGGCAACAAGCUUCAGAUCAUGCUGCAGCGCAGGAAACGAUACAAAAACCGAACAAUCCUGGGCUACAAGACACUGGCUGUGGGCUCCAUCAACAUGGCUGAGGUGAUGCAGCACCCCUCAGAGGGUGGCCAAGUGCUGAGCCUCUGCAGCAGCAUCAAGGAGGCCUCUGUCAAGGUGGCUGAGAUCUGGAUUGUCUCCCUGUCCAGCCAGCCCAUCGACCACGAGGAUAGUGCCAUGCAGGCCGGCCCCAAGGUCAAGUCCACAGAUAACUACUCUGAGGAGGAGUACGAGAGCUUCUCCUCUGAGCAGGAAGCCAGCGAUGAUGCCGUGCAAGGGCAGGAUCUGGAUGAGGAUGACUUUGAUGUGGGGAAGCCUGCGAAGCAGCGGAGACCGAUAGUAAGAACGACGUCCAUGACCAGGCAACAGAACUUCAAGCAGAAGGUUGUGGCCCUGCUGCGGAGAUUCAAAGUGUCAGAUGAGGUCUUGGACUCAGAACAGGACCCUGCAGAGCAUAUCCCUGAGGUAGAGGAGGACCUGGACCUUCUGUAUGACACGCUGGACAUGGAGAACCCCAGUGACAGCGGACCUGACAUGGAAGAUGAUGACAGCGUCCUUAGCACCCCCAAACCCAAGCUCAGGCCGUACUUUGAGGGCCUGUCGCACUCCAGCUCGCAGACAGAGAUCGGAAGCAUCCAUAGUGCCCGGAGCCACAAGGAGCCUCCAAGCCCGGCUGAUGUGCCUGAGAAGAUGCGGUCCCUGGGAGCCAAGCAGCCAAGUGACAACAUCUCGGACACGGUGGCCCUGAGCACACCAGCCCCAAGGGAACCGGCAGAGCCACCUGAGGACAUCCCUGAGGCUGAGACCUCCAACCUGGAUGUGUUUACUGAGAAGCUUCCACCCACCGGGAGGAUCACCAAGACAGAGUCACUUGUCAUCUCGUCCACCAGGUCUGAGACGAAGCCGGCUGGCCGCCGGGGCCGGAGCACAUCCCUGAAGGAGCGGCAGCCAGCACGACCGCAGAAUGAGCGGGCCAACAGCCUAGACAAUGAGCGCUGCCCAGACACCAGGAGCCAGCUGCAGAUCCCCAGAAAGACUGUGUAUGACCAGCUGAACCACAUCCUUAUCUCCGAUGACCAGCUCCCUGAGAAUAUCAUUCUUGUCAACACCUCUGACUGGCAGGGGCAGUUCCUUUCUGACGUCCUGCAGAGGCACACGCUCCCUGUGGUGUGCACAUGCUCCGCCGCCGAUGUCCAGGCAGCCUUCAGCACCAUUGUCUCACGGAUACAGAGAUACUGCAACUGCAAUUCCCAGCCCCCGACCCCUGUGAAGAUCGCAGUGGCAGGAGCGCAGCAUUACCUCAGUGCCAUCCUGCGGCUCUUCGUGGAGCAGCUGUCCCACAAGACACCUGACUGGCUCGGCUACAUGCGCUUUCUCAUCAUCCCGCUGGGUUCCCACCCCGUGGCCAGGUACCUGGGCUCCGUGGACUACCGCUACCACAACUUCUUCCAGGACCUGGCCUGGAGAGACCUGUUCAACAAGCUAGAGGCCCAGAGUGCAGUGCAGGACACACCAGACAUCGUGUCGCGCAUCACCCAGUACAUCGCAGGGGCCAACUGCGCCCACCAGCUGCCCAUUGCUGAGGCCAUGCUGACCUACAAGCAGAAGAGGAAAAGGCAUUUUCACUUUGACUUUACCCUAAGCCCUGAUGAAGAGUCCUCCCAGAGGUUCAUUCCCUUCGUUGGGGUUGUGAAGGUUGGAAUUGUGGAACCGUCCUCAGCCACGUCAGGUGACUCGGACGAUGCAGCCCCCUCAGGCCCCAGUGUGCUCUCCUCCACCCCACCGUCCACGUCGCCUGCAGCCAAGGAGGCUUCGCCCACCCCACCGUCCUCCCCGUCAGUGAGUGGAGGCCUGUCCUCCCCCAGCCAAGGUAUCGGCGCCGAGCUCAUGGGGCUACAGGUGGACUACUGGACAGCAGCACCUCCUGCAGACAGGAAGAGGGAUGCCGAGAAGAAGGACCUACCUACCACCAAAAACACGCUCAAGUGCACUUUCCGGUCCCUCCAGGUCAGCAGGCUGCCCAGCAGUGGCGAUGCCACGGCCACACCCACCAUGUCCAUGACUGUGGUCACCAAGGAGAAGAACAAGAAGGUGAUGUUUUUACCCAAGAAAACAAAAGACAAGGACGUGGAAUCCAAAAGCCAGUGUAUCGAAGGCAUCAGCCGCCUGAUCUGCACAGCCAAGCACCAGCAGAACAUGCUGCGGGUCCUCAUCGACGGCGUGGAGUGCAGUGACGUCAAGUUCUUCCAGCUGGCCGCCCAGUGGUCCUCGCAUGUGAAGCACUUCCCCAUCUGCAUCUUCGGACACUCCAAGGCCACCUUCUAGCCCCACUCACACAGGGGCCGCCACAGGAUCGUGGAGAGGCCCACAUUUCUGUUAACAUUUCAGUUUACUACAAAGACAGAUCCUUAAAAACACAAAGAGACAGUCUUAAGUAUGAAUGUGCUCGAAGCUGGAAACUAAGAUCAGCUCCCUGCUGGGUGCUGAGUAAUUGCUCUGCUUAUUAACCAGACAUUUGGCCCAGCAAACCCAAGGCUGUGGGGCCCAGGGGAGUUUGUUGCAGCCGCUCUGGGAGCCCCCAGAGCCUACAACAAGGAGGGUUCUGCCUGCAUCCUGCCCUUUACAGAAGCCAGGACACUGCUUCCUCUGGGAGUUCUGAGCUUGGUGGUGAGAGGCCAAAGGUUGCAGGCAUGCUCAGCUUCCUGGCAAAGGACACCCCCAAUCCCAGCACCACCCAUGCGGGGCUCCCAAUAAACUCCAGCCUCCAGGCAGAGGUUUUAUAGUA